AACACAAACACACACAUUAUGAUCUUUGACCCGAAUCGGAUGAUUGACUGGUGGCCGGUGGAGUUGUUUUCUGGUUGAUCUGGACUGAGGCCGCUGUAAAUACCCAACUGAGCACGAUGGAGGUGUCGGUAGUUCAUGCAAGAUCUGGAAAGACUCUAACAACACUUUCAGCAUUGAGCCCAUCUAGUACAGUUGCAGACGUCAAAAGAAUAUACCACCAAAGAAAUGCCAAAUACUAUCCAGAUAGACAAUCAUUCAGAAGUGAGCCAAAGGGUCGCAGUUUGAAAGACGAUGCCACGUUACAGUCUCUGAAUAUUAAAAAUGGGGACAAACUAUAUUUCAAAGAUUUAGGUCCACAGAUUGGCUGGAAAACAGUGUUCCUAGCUGAAUAUGCUGGACCACUAUUUGUGUAUCUGUUGCUGUAUACACGACCUGCUUGCAUCUAUGGAGCAGGUGCAGUGGACAAACCAAGGCAACAAGUAGUAUAUCUUGCAGCAGCGUGUUGGUCGCUACAUUAUAUGAAAAGGUUGUUGGAAACUCAGUUUGUUCAUCGGUUCUCACACGGCACUAUGCCAAUUAUGAACCUUUUUAAGAAUUGCAGUUACUACUGGGGAUUUGCUGGAUUUGUUGCUUAUUAUGUUAAUCAUCCAUUGUACACAUCACCAGCAUUUGGAGAUAUCCAAGUCUAUGCUGGGCUUAUCGGCUUUUUGUUGAAUGAAUAUGGAAACUUUUCAAUCCAUUUAACUUUGCGAAAUCUUCGUCCAGAAGGUUCAAAAGAAAGAAAGAUACCAUAUCCGACUGGUGAUCCAAUGACGCUAAUGUUCAACUUUGUAAGUUGUCCUAACUACACAUAUGAAGUAGGUGCCUGGGCAUGUUUUACUUUGAUGACACAGUGUGUUCCAGCUGCACUCUUCACUUUAGCAGGGUUUUAUCAGAUGGCCGUCUGGGCAAAAGGUAAACACAGGAACUACAAGAGAGAGUUCAGCAACUAUCCGCGACAACGCAAAUGUAUCAUCCCCUUUGUUCUAUAAGGAGAGUAAACACACACCAGUUGCCACCAGAUGUAGUUCCCACAAUGAAUUGCUCACUGAUAAUUGUGGGAUGUUUUAGUAGGCAAAAACUUCAAGAUAUUAAAAUAAAAAGCAAAGCUUAUAUGCAAUUUUUUUUUUGAAGAUACAAAAUUACUAGAUUUUAUAGAUGAACUUGAAAUUUGAUAUCAUUGAUUUUCUAUGAUUGGGUGUUGUGUUUUAAGGUUGUACAUUUUUUUCACUAAUUUUUGAAAUUGAAUUGAUGUCUUCUCUAAAAUGCUUUUUUUUAUUUUUUUGCAAAAGAAAAAUAAUUAACAAAUGAUUAAAAAAUGUUGGUUUGUAAUUUCAUGGGUGGGAUUUUGAAAACCAGGGACACUGUUGGAUGAAUAUUUUACUAUACAUCUAAUCUAUAUUUCAACUGUAUACGAGACAAAAUGAUCGAGCAAAAACUAGAUUGGUAUCAUUAUCAGCUGAGUUGGUGUCAUUAUCAGCCGAGACAAAGAAAAAAAAUCAUACUCAUCGAGUGCUUUUUCAGAAAUUUAAUUUUAGAUAAAAAUUGACCUGUACAAAGACCAUAUCGCAAUCCUGAAGUUUAGUGCAUUGUGGGAUAGUUUGACAAAAUCAAACCAUGAUCCGCCAAUCACAAGGUGCCCUCUCAUGCAACUUGAAUUAAUUAUUCCACAAUACACUAAAAUUGGAAUUGAUAUGGACUAUGAUCACUUCGACUGACAUCACAGUCUUGCAUUGUGCUCUCUAUUGAUGGCUAUAAACUCUAAACAUAGUUGUUUGCGGGAAAUUUCAUACCCAUUUUUUUUUUUACUACCGAAAAUUUGAUUCAAAUUUGACUUUUUUUCUGAUUAUGACCUUGAUUAUGGACUGAAUCAAAGAAAAUUGUUAAUGAUUACUGUUUUAAUUUUCAUGCAAUAAUAACAUCUUCAAAGCACUCAAAAAUGCACACAUACUGUGCUAGAUUGUGUGCUAUAUUGAAGAUUUUCAUCAAUAUUAUAAUAACAUAACUUGAUUUUCUAUUGAUACUAACAUUUGAUCUGAAGAUUAUGAAAUACAUUCAUCUAUUCAAACAAUUAUUAGCUACCGUUACCCAGUUAUUUACGUGACAUGUUUUCUGUGGGUCACUCUUAGCAUGCCAGUUCAAUUAUUGGAAAGUUUUGUCCAAAGAUGACAGUAGUUAAAUACUGUAAAAUACUUUAUUUUCGCUUGGAAUUAAUUUUCGCUGAAGGAAUGUUUCAGUGAAAAUAAAAUCCAGCGAAUAUACCUUUUUCCUAUAUUUUACAUUGAACUUGUCAAAAAUUAGUGAAAAUAAAUUCCAUACAAAACACCCAAAAGAUCUUUUCAGCAAAAAUUAAUUCCAUCUAAAAUAAAGUGUUUUACAGUAGCAUGGCUUGAUCACAGAUAUUGUCAAGCUAUUUUAUUGACCCAAAUACUUCCCUAAAAUAACAAGCCGACUUUUCUUGUAGAUAUAUGAUAAUUGAACGGCUACAUUUACAUUCUUCAUCUUGUAUCUUCACCAUGUACAUGUUCAAUGUCAAGUACACACAGUGGCCAAAGUUGAAUUUAAUAUUUCAGAAAUGUGAAUUUGAGAUUAAAGUUGAAUUGUGCUAAAUAAAGUGAAAAUUACAACCAAAAUGGCUGCCAUUCAGCCAUCUUGAAUUGGAUUGUGACUCAAUCAACUUCCAUUUAUGUGCAAGAACACAUUUUGUGAACCUCGUUUGGUAACAAUAUGUUUUAUUAAACUUAGUGAUUCUUUAUAAAAUAGUGUACACCGUCAUGAUGAUGAUUACGUGUCAGUUUUAUAGCUUAUUAGUUUAAAUUUAAUCUGUUCAUUCUCUAAAUGAAUGCGACAGAUGAAAAUCCUGAGUCUCAGUCCAGUCAAAAAGCUAAAAAUAUAUAAUCCAAAAAACUUGUUUCCACAUCUAAUUUGAUUAAAAAAAAAAAGUAAGUGAAACGCGUUUACUUUGUGGUUUUGUACCAAAUGGAGAAACAUUACAAAAGUUGUUGAAAGAGGUAAUCAUUGUCAAUACAUGUUUUUAUCGUUAUAAUUUCUUAUUAUUGAUCAAAGCAUGUACUAUAGCAGAAAUGUACAGUUCUAAUAUUCAAUAAAAUACUGUUCAGUGAAGAACAUGGUAUCAGACAAGCAAGGGUAAA